ACUAGCAGAUCAACAAUAGUUGAGUUAAUGAGAGACUUGAGUCAAGUUCGAAGACAUCACCUUGAACUAAGAGCAUGGCUUAGUUGACUAACACAAUUGAGUGCAUGAUGAAUGCAAAAGGAACAAAAAGUCUGAGUAUGUUGUAUGUUCACAAUGCCGGAGCUGUGGAACUAUAUCACGGUUCCUACGAGAGACAUUUAGACAAGCCAAUUUUCUGAAAGGACCAUUUCUAAUGUGUACUGUUUGUGCUUUAAAAAAAAAAAAAAUCCUGGGACUUAUUAUUAUUUGGGCUUGGCAGAUCAGUAUAUAGUUCUAUUUUAUUAGUAGUGAGUUUGCUUGAAGUUUCAGUUGUCCCGGAGGAGGUCAUUUUGAUCGGAUUUUUCUUCCUUAAAUAUGAUCAUUGCUGUGUCUUUUGGAUGUGUCUUUGGCCUGCUUGAUCAAACACAACUUUCUUGUCAUUAUCAGACUAAUUCAUUAUCGGGCCGCUUUCAACAAGGAGGAAACGGUUAAUGAUGUAGGCACUGCAUAAUUUCAAUCUGUAAAUAUUUAAAUAGAAAACAUAUUAGCCGUGCUAGCUGUAGUUUUAAAUUCAGUCUUAAAUCUCAUUUCUGGUAUGAGGCUAGAAUGAAGUGAAGUGUUACCUGAGGAAACAGCGUUAAUGAAUGGAUGUUGUGCGUUACAAUGGCACGUGUAGGCCGUUAUCAACAUGUUCAUCUUUGGUGAUCGCUGGAUGUCACAUGCUAUUGAGUAGCACUGUCGAGCACUGAUUGACUUAGUGGAAGGUACGAAGGUCAACCUCUAGAGGAAUCCCCCACCCCACCCCCCGGUCCUCAUCUUUAACCUUUCGCUCGUCCCUUCUCUUCACUCUCACUUACUUCCCUUCCUUCCGAGCGCUCAUGGCCUCAGCUUCGUGUUCCAGCCCUCCGGACGGAGGCUGGGGCUGGGUGGUGGUGUUCGGUGCCUUCAUCUCCAUCGGCUUCUCUUACGCUUUUCCCAAAGCCCUCACCAUGUACUUCAAGGAGAUCCAGCGCCACUUCGGCGUGUCCUACAGCCAGAUCGCCUGGGUUUCCUCCAUCAUGCUGGCCGUUAUGUAUGCAGGAGGUCCAGUGAGCAGUGUGUUGGUGAACCGCUAUGGCAGCAGGCCUGUGGUUAUCACAGGAGGCCUCAUGUGCAGUAUCUCCAUGGUGGCGGCUUCAUUCAGCACCACCAUCACACACCUGUACUUAUGUAUCGGGAUUGUCGGAGGUCUUGGACUUUCUUUCAACCUCCAGCCGUCCCUGACUAUAAUUGGGAAGUACUUCCAGGUCAGGAGGCCCAUCGCCAAUGGCCUAGCCAUGGCAGGAAGUCCAGUUUUCCUCUGCACCCUGGCACCGCUGAACCAGUUCCUGUUCGAGUGUUUUGGUUGGAGGGGAAGCUUCUCUAUCCUCGGGGCCAUGCUGCUGAACUGCUGUGUGGCGGGAUCACUAAUGAGACCUCUGAAUGACGUAGGUGGCCCUCAUAGACCUGAGACUAAUGGAGCCGUGAAGCCAAAACGUCGUGAAAAUGGAACCCAGGUGCAAACCAAAGCAAAGAGGAGCUGCUUGGAUAGUGUCAGCUGUUUCAUGGACCUGUCUCUGUUCCGGCACCGUGGUUUUAUCAUCUACCUAAUAGGAAACAUGCUAAUGUUCUUUGCCUUUUUUGCCCCAAUGAUCUUCUUGGCACCGUAUGCCAAGCACCGUGGCAUGGACGAGUACUCGGCUGCCAGCUUGCUCUCUGCACUGGCGCUCGUGGACAUGUUUGCCCGGCCAGGCACAGGUCUGCUCGCCAACACCGCCCGCGUUAGGCCCAGGAUCCAGUACCUCUUCAGCUUCGCCAUUACCUACAAUGGUGUGUGCCACCUGCUGUGCCCUCUGGCUUCCGGUUACUGGGGGUUGGUGGUCUAUGCAGUGUGUUAUGGAGUGGUGUACGGCAUGGUGUGUGCCCUGCUCUUCGAGUGCCUCAUGGAUGUAGUAGGACCAAGCAGGUUCUCCAGCGCCGUGGGACUCGUCACGAUCUUCGAGUGCUGCCCGGUUCUGCUUGGACCACCCAUUGCAGGUGCACUUGUGGACAUGUUCGGCGACUACAGCUACAUGUUCUACAUGUGUGGUGCUGUGAUGGUCACCGCUGGCCUUUUCCUCUUCGUAUUGAACUACUACAAUUACAGACGCAAGGAUUUGACGCAGCAUGCUCAGGAGAACGGGACUGAGCUGGUCGAGAGGAACGCGCAGAACGGACGAAGCCAGGGGAUGGAUUCUGGGACACGUGGGGUCAGUUCAGAGACUGAAGACAUGCCAGUAUAACGAAGGAUUUAAUGAAGGGUGGCAUGGUAUGAUACAUACAUGGUAUGAAAACCAUGUAGCCCCAUAUGGCAGGUUUGGGUGUUACAAUUAAACGUCACGUAUCAGUGCAAAGUAUUUACAUUAUUUGCGUUGUGAAACCGGACUAUUUUAAACAAGGACUUCUUUGGAGGAUCUCUUAGCCUCAAGAAAAAAAAAAAGGAGUUUAAAAAUAUAUCCAAUGUACAUGUGUUAAGCAUUUGUGUAAUGGCCUGAAUGUCAGUCAGGUAUUAUUUUAUUAAAUUAUAAUGGUACAUUUUACAAUCAAGAAUACUGUCGUUUCUGUACAGUAACGUGGACGACUAUAGGACUAACCCAUACAUUAACACAACAUGCAGAUACACAUUUUUUCUUAACUCUAAUCAGGCAGAAUUUCAUCUGGUUGGGUGUCGGAUACACUGGUGUGACUUAUGAUCGAUGAUCUAGCAAAUACAACGCACUAAAUGGGAAGUACACAGUAAAAAUAAAACACUCGAAUCGGGUAUUCCAUUCAACUGUAGUUUCAGGAUUUUACAUUUUGCUAAAUGUAAAGUUUACAAUAAGUUGCCAAUAGGUAUGUUUACAUGCAAC